AUGUCUCACUCUCUCACACACACACGCUCUCUCGCCCAUCUCCCCGAUUGGGCAUCUUCGGUCUUCGCUGCAGCGGUCUCCAUCGUCUCCGAAUCGUCAUGUUCAACUUCAGCAGAGCAGUCCCGGACUGAUCGCCCGGUGACCACGCUGCAGAGGGUCACGAGCGGCCGGGAGCGGACAGCAAAGAAUGACCCUCCCCCAUCCUUCGCUGCUGGCUCCAUACGUUCGGUAUUACGGCGCACCUGCUGGAGUGAUGGAGGACUAGUUGACGGGGUUGCGUGUGCGGCUUGGAUGAAUUGCUCCACGGGCCCCAAGGCAGGCGUCCAGAAGGCCAGGGACCACGGGAGCGGUGGUUGGGGCCGUUGGGCUCCCUCAGCAACUCGGACGGGGACUGGGACGGGGACGAGGACGGGGACGGGGACUGGAGAGUUGGCAGCUCGGUAUGUGCUCCGUACUGUCUGUUCAUACGAAGCACAGUCCUGUACAGUGCUGAGUACAGUACCAGUACUUCGUCGGAUCGUCCAGUGUUCCGAAGUGCCUGCCAGGCACCCCUCCCUCCCCCGUGUGGAUACUCGUAACACGGUCUUUCUGUCCAGUCCAGCCAGUGCGGUCCAGCCAGAACAGAACAGAACAGAACAGAGCAGAGUCAAUAGACUCGUCGUCCACCCAACGCCCAGCACCACCACCACCACCACCGCCAUCACCUCUUUCCUCCGACCUACAUACGUGGACCGUCGACACUCACACACGCCCUCACAGUCCAGCAGACUACCACCACGUAUGACCGACAACCAGCAAUCCCAUCUCAACCAUCUCAUACAAGAACACCCCCAUACACCAAUAUGUCGCCAAUCUCUGCAUAACCCCGGAAACGAUUCCACCCCCAGAUCAACGCAUACGCGACAACCGAUUGCUCAGAAAGAAACGAUGACUCCAAAACUAAAACCGCUUUUAUUGCCACAGUUGGUGGAGGAACGGAGAAAGAGGGAAAGCAGCAUUUUGGAUGCGGAGAUGGACCUCUCGAAUUCCUCGUUCUAUUCCCAGUCCUCAUCAAUCUCGGAUUUCCCAUCGCCUAUCACGCCCACAUUCUCAGGCCGCGGCCAUAUGAGAUAUUCAAGUUCCGCCUCCUCGAUCGAUUCAACCUUCCAUUCUUGCGUGGUGGACUGCCCAUCAUCGCCCACGUUCGUUGCCACAAAAACAGGCAAGCGGUCAUUACCAGACGUGAAAGAAGAGCCGCAGGAGCGUGAGGGAGAUUUUGAUAUGUUAGACGAGGACGAACUUUAUGACUGUUUGUGCGAUAACCAUGAAUGCUUGCACCGCGCUGCUUCGACGGCUCAAAGUUUUGAGCAGUUGUCGACACAGCAGACCAUGAAUUACGAUCUAGUUGAGGGUUUUAUGAGCGAGGGUGAUUCCAUCCUGAGUCCUCGUAAAAGACAGAGAGCGAACGAGUUCUCGCUCACUGGUCUUGCUGGCCGCUUUGGAACCAGGUUACCUUCGUUCUCUCGGAAAUGGCGUUUGAGGAAAGACACGAGCUCGGCUUCGGCUAUAGUUGAAACGCAGCGAGAUCGAGCCGUGUCACGCGCCGCGUCGAGUCGGUCGUCUUCGAUAUCAAAUCCUCCGCGACAAGUAAUGGAUAUGUCGUCGGAGCCGCAAAUGCCUCCAACUCCCGCCAGAAGUAUCUUUGGUAGUCGCGAAGAUGUUUCGCCCGCUAUCCCGAUUGAUAUUGAGAAGGCGAACGACGAUAUUUUAGAGCGCGAAGAAAAAUUCGCCACUACUCCAUUACUACCACCGCUCAUGACCGAUGCAUUAACCAAGGAGGUUGCCAUGCAAUCGCCAUUACAGUCACCAUCUGUCGCCGAACCUCAUGAUCCAUUAUCCGGGACGAUAACACCGGUCGAUGGUAUCACCACACCUCAAUUGCCAGGCAUUCCCUCCCCGGCUCUUAGCACGAAGCCAUCGAUAUCUUCCUUCCACCGCAGCACGAUUAGUCGACCUGGACACCUGAUCCCUACUUCAGACUCUCCAUCCAUCAUCAUUGCAGACCCCAAUGAUGAAUGGGCAAAUAAGCUUGGACAUGCUAAUUUCACCAUCUACCCGGAACCCUAUACGCCAGAAAGCUUCGAUCUCGAGGCUUGCCGGCAACUUCGCUCAAACUGGGAUUUAGCGCGGUGCAACUAUACGAAGCAUCUAGUCCGAACAGGUGAACACUACGGUGUCACCUCGAAGACCUACCAGCUAACCGAGGAGAAAUGGCAGUCAGUUGAUGGAAUAUGGCGCAAAUACAACGAAAUCACCAUUACCAAUACCGUCGAGAGCGGUGGCGAUGCCUUCGCCACGCUAAAGCACAACCCGCUUGGGGACGCCAGCAGCAACAAUAUAAUGACUCGCAUUCCCUCGCUAAAUGACCCAAGAAGUCAAGGGCGGUUUCCAGAACUUGGUGAUGAAGAUAUCGUCGGGCCCAUGGUGCAAGCCGCCGCUCAAAUUCAACGGAGUCCCAGCAAGAAGACGAAACUCAUCAAAUUCUUCACGGAGAAGUUUCCUGCCGGCCUAGGACGACCUUGA